AUGUCAUUCUAUUUAGACGUACGAUACAUAGGAAAAUAAACAUAAUAGUGCACUAAAUAUUAGAUAUUGAAGAAAUUAAUUUAAUUUAACUUAAAUUGUUGAUUAACACAAUGUUAAGUCCAAUUAAAUCAAUAUUAUUGUCUAUUAACCGGCCAACAAUAUACGAACAAGUUAAAUAUUUAUCGCAAGUGUUGCCACAGUUAUCUGCUGAUAAGUACAACGUAAAACGAAAAGCUUUCGCUUCAAUUCAAGCACAAGAUGUUGAUUAUUUUAAAUCGGUACUUGGCGAAGAGAGGGUGCUUACCGAGCAAUCCGAUAUUUUACCAUUCAACAUUGAUUGGAUAAAAAAUUGUAGAGGUCAAUCUUCAAUAGUGCUAAAACCUAAAACUACACAGGAGGUUUCAAAUAUUUUGUCAUAUUGCAAUAAGAGAAAACUAGCAGUUUGUCCUCAGGGCGGAAAUACUGGUCUCGUUGGCGGUUCUGUGCCAGUGUUCGAUGAGAUAGUGAUCAACUUUAUGCUGAUGAAUAAAGUCAUUAGUUUAGACGACGUUUCAGGAGCGUUGAUAUGCGAAGCGGGGUGUAUUUUAGAGAAUUUGGACAACCAUGUGCGCGAGCAUGGUCUCAUUAUGCCUCUGGAUCUUGGUGCUAAAGGCACCUGCCAUAUCGGCGGAAACGUUAGCACCAAUGCUGGCGGUAUUCGGCUGCUGCGCUAUGGAAAUCUCCACGGGUCUAUAUUAGGAGUCGAAGCUGUAAAAGCCGAUGGAACUGUAAUUGACUGCUUAAAAGCCCUUAAAAAAGACAACACCGGUUAUCACCUUAAACAUUUAUUUAUAGGCUCUGAAGGAACUUUGGGACUAGUAACUAAAGUAGCUAUUCAUUGUCCCGUCAAGCCUAAGGCCGUUACUGUUGGCUUUUUUGGUGUUGAAAAUUUUAAUAGCAUUCUGAAGUUAUACAAAAGUGCUAAAUCUUCCUUGGGCGAAAUAUUAUCAGCUUUUGAAAUGGCAGACAACCAAGCAAUUAGUACCACAUCAACAAAUCUGAAGCUCCCAAAUCCAAUAUCAGAUUAUCCAUUUUACGUACUGGUCGAAACCCAAGGAAGUAACGAAAUCCACGAUGAGGAGAAAUUGACAAAGUUCUUAUCAAAGGAGAUGGAGAGCGGUCUCAUAUUAGAUGGAACAGUUACUUCUGAACUGACAAAAAUGAGCGCGAUUUGGACUUUACGGGAGAGCAUAUCAGGAGCUGGACUUGGCCGUGGCUACGUGUUUAAGUAUGAUGUUUCGCUUCCACAACAAAAUUAUUAUGAUUUAGUCCCAAUAUUGAGAGAGAGGCUGGGCGAUAAAGCCAUUGCAGUCUAUGGAUAUGGACAUGUUGGUGAUGGCAACAUACACAUUAACAUCACGGUACCAGAGUACUCCAAGCAAAUCGCAUCCCUUAUGGAGCCAUUCAUUUUUGAAGAAGUUUCCAAGCUAAAAGGAUCCAUAAGCGCUGAACAUGGAAUUGGCUUCCGGAAGCCUGAAUACCUACAUUACAGCAAAGACGAGACGGCACUGCAGAUGAUGAGAGAUUUGAAAAACUUGAUGGAUCCAAAUGGAAUUCUCAAUCCGUACAAAGUAUUGCCUGAAGUGAAUGUAUAAAAGACUACGAAUCUUUUUUUUAUCCAAUGAUAUUACAUCAUGAGAAGUUUCUAUGGCUCUACUGAAACAUCGAUAAAAUAUAAAGAUUAAGUUUUUUUUCAAUUGUAUGGGUCGGUAAGAAUAUACAUAAAUGAAACUCAGUGAACAUGAUCAAGAUUUUCUGGGUUAAUAUAUAUAAAUAUUUUGGUAUCCGAUAGAAGUAUGCUCUGUAUCUGAUAGAAUCAUGAUUUUUUACAUUUACUGAGUAUAACUACAUAGUAAUUUGUAACCAGUAGAUAUUAGCUAUGAUGAAGGCGAAAAUUAAGUAGUCAUGAUAAAUAUUAAGUAUUCUAUGUAACUAGUAAAACCAACCUUAAUAUUAAUGUAAAGUUUGUACUAAUAAUGUAAAUUAUAUCUAUAAGUUUAUAUGAUUAGUACAAACUUAAUUAUCUACGACAGGGCUAACUGUUAAAUAAAACAAUAUUU